AUGACAAGAACAAUACCAGGUCAUACUGGUAUUACUUGUACUAGUACAAGCAACAAUAACACUAAUAACACCAAUAAUACAAAUAAUAAUCAUGUGGUACCAAAUUCACCAAAGAAAAUAUUAAUUCAAAGAUAUAAUGAUGAUUUGGAGAAUAUGAUGAUUCGAAAUUAUGCGUGUCGUCUCAUACUGACAUGGAUCUUUAAAAGUGAAUCUGCACCACUUUUGACAGCCAUUCCAACGCUGUCACUCAUCAACACCAACACCUAUGCCUUUGUUCCAUCACCCAAAGCGCCGCUACCAUCGUACCGAUACAGUAAUAUUUCACAACAAGGAUAUCCUUCGGCCUCACAUUUCUACAGUACCACCUACACCUAUAGUAGAGAGGUUCUAUCAAAGAAAUCACAACUAGAUGACAUUGAGACGUAUAUAGUCGAAUUGGUCGACAUUGUCACCAGUGUCAUCAACUUUUUCCACGUUCAAAAUUGCAAGCGCUACGAAAACACCAACAAACAACUAGCCACCACUCCAACCUCUACCAAACAACAACAACAAAUAUUCACCUCUGUAUUUAUUAGUUGUCUAUUCUAUGCCGAGCUAUAUAUUCGUCGUAAUCAUAAGAAAAUGUCAACAACAACAAAUCCCAAAUCAUCCACGUCCUCUAGUAGUAGUAGUAGUAGUACUACUACAUCAUCACUACCACCACUUACAUUGGUCGAUAUAUUAACCAUCAGUAUUGUGAUUUGUAUUAAAAUGUGGAUCGAAGAGAAAAUGUCUGUCAACAAAUACAUUUCAAAGAUAUUUGGUAUUCCACUACAAAGAUUGAAUCAAAUGGAAAUUCAAUUCCUAACAGUCAUGGAUUAUCAAUUAUAUCUUGAUGAAAAUGAUAUUAAAUCAUUCUUGAUUACUAUUAAAAAAACUGUAAAUGAUUCAAAUAACAAUAAUAUAAAUAAUAAUAAUGUAAAUAAUAUUGAAAAACAACCAGAUAUAACAACUCCAACAAUUACUACCAACACAACAACAAAAGAAGAACCUAUUAUUACAUUUGGACCAUCUUCAUCAUCAUCACCAUCAUCAUCAUCAUCUUCAACACCAUCGACACCAUCAACUACUAUUCAAACUUCACCUUCAUCAUCAUAUAGUGUAAUUCAAAAAUCUCCAACAACUAUCAUUAUUUCCAAUAAUAAUAAUAACAUAAAAGAUAAUAUUCAUUUAUCAUCUUCUCCAUUGUCAUCGACAGUACCAUCGACUUCACCAAAUAUGGUCCAAACACCAACACAACCAAACAAUAUAUAUAAACGUAAAUAUGACCACUUUAACAAUAAUAAUAAUAACAACGAUUCAUCAUCUCCAUUGUCAUCUGCCACAACCACACCAAACACCUCUACACCUUCAUCCAAUACUUCAACAUUGAUAUUAUGUUCAACUGGUAUUGCCAACAACGAAAAUCAAAAUAACCAAUAUAAUCAUAAUCAAAAUAGUCAUUCUUUAUCAUCAUCACCAAGAGUAGCAACCAUUGUAAAUAAUAAGAUAUUAAUAACUAAAAUGAAAAAGACUGUACAUGUUCCAUCAUCAUCAUCGACGACACUACCAACACUACCAACCACUACAACUAAAAACGAUAAUAGAUUGCUCUUUAUAAAUAACAAGAGAAUCAAAGAAAUUGUAUCAUUCCAACAACAACAACAACAACAACAACAUAAAUUACCAGUAACAACUACAGUAGUUGCUGAUAAAUAUGAUAUGGGUAUUUCCAUUCCUGAAUUGACCGUUCCCAUAUGA